AUGAAAUGUGAAACACAACUUUGCGAAAAUACACCGACAACACGAGGAUGCUGGGGCGCUUAUGAUCUCGAAACAGAUUAUUACAAGACGGCACCCGACACUGGAAAGACGGUGGAAGUCUGGCUAUCCGUCCAAGAGGGUAUUUGCAACCAAAAUGGAUACGAGCGCCCUUGCAUGACCUUCAACGGUACAAUGCCAGGGCCCCCAAUUAUCGCGGACUGGGGUGACACGUUAAAAGUCCACGUCACGAACAAUCUCAAGUCAAACGGCACUUCAGUACACUGGCAUGGUGUCCAUCUGCGAAACAGCAAUCAAUGGGACGGGGUACCUGGUGUCACUCAAUGUCCGAUCGCACCUGGAGAAAGUCUGACUUAUGAUUUCAAAGUCACACAAUAUGGAACCAGCUGGUAUCACAGUCAUUUUUCGCUCCAAUCAUCCGAAGGCCUCUUUGGCCCACUCAUCUUCAAUGGUCCUGCAAGUGCGAACUACGAUGAAGAUCUUGGGGCGCUUUUACUACAGGAUUGGGCGCAUAUCCCGACUUUUGUGGAGUGGGAGGCCAAGCAGAAGUUCGGUAUCACAUCUUCGCAGACUACAACCCUCAUAAACGGCACCAAUACAUUCAACUGUACAGCGGAGCCGCAUGAAAACUGUGUCGGGGGCGGAAAGAAAUUCGAGAUGGUAUUUCAGCAAGGGAAAAAAUACCGCAUCCGAUUGAUCAACGUCGCUAUCGACAGCCAAUUCCAGUUCAGCAUCGAUGGUCACAGCUUGACUGUCAUCUCCAAUGAUUUUGUUCCAAUCAAGCCUUAUCUUGCAGACAGUAUCAUUGUGAACGUGGGCCAGAGGUACGAUGUCAUUGUUGAGGCGAACGCCCCUUCAGGUGACUACUGGCUUCGCGGAGGAUGGGUUCAAUCUUGCCAGGGUGUUGCGAAUGACCAUCCAGAAUCUGCUACAGGAAUUGUGCGCUACAAUACCCAGAGCAAGAGAGAUCCUACCAGCACCAGUACUCUCUCUGGUCCGACAUCCUGCCUCGACGAGCCUCAGGCAAACCUGGUGCCGUACCUCCAAGUCGACGUUGGCAGCAUAACCGACACGACCGUGGAGGAUGUCAACGUUCGCUUGACGAAUGCUGCUUUGUUCCAAUGGACCAUCAACAGUAGUAGUCUUGUUCUCGACUGGGGAAGGCCUACUGUCCAGCAAAUCUAUGACAAGGAGCAAAUCUUCCCCACCCCAUACAAUGUUGUCGAAGUUGAGAAAGAAAGCGCGGACAAAGAAGAAUGGGCAGUGCUGGUGAUCGAAAAUAAAGCCGCUGCUUUCUUCGGCGGUAUCGCUCACCCAAUCCAUUUCCACGGCCACGACUUCUGGAUCUUGGCUCAGGAGAGCCAUCCUUGGGAUGGAAGCUCUGCCUCGUUCAAAACAAAGAACUCGGUUCGUCGGGAUACAGCAGUGCUGCCAGCGCAUGGCUACCUUGCUCUCGCAUUUCAACUCGAUAACCCCGGCGCGUGGCUUGUUCACUGCCACAUCGCUUGGCAUGCGAGCAUGGGGCUUGCACUGGAAUUUGUAGAAAGUGAAAAUUCGAUUUCGACUAGUAUGGGCGACUGGAAAAGCUUGGACAGUACUUGCAAGUCAUGGUCGAAUUGGUCGAGAAGGGCCCCGUAUGGGCAAGAUGAUUCGGGCAUUUGA